UUCUAACCUUAUUUUCAGAGUACCCAAUAUUAUGAAAUUACAAGUUCAACGGCAAUCUGACCAGAAACGAAUCGUUGGUCGUGGGGUAGAAACCCCCGUGCACAAGGAGUACAUUUACUCCAACGUCAGAUUUUUCUUGGUACCUUCCGAACUUAGUGGAACUUAAUAAUAUAACUUAACGUAGGAGGGAACAAGAAAGUCUACACCUUGAAAAGUAUAGACGCAUUUGCAUGUAUUAGCGAACUGGUGGCUGGCUUAUAAUAAUUAUUACAAUGGUUGGAAUCACCGUUUCUACGCGAGAACCCACAGUGUUGAUCAAGUUUUUCAGCGCGGGAACCGCCGCUUGUGUUGCUGAUAUAAUCACUUUUCCUUUAGAUGUCGCAAAAGUGCGACUGCAAAUUCAAGGAGAAGGGGCAACCAUCGGAAAUUUAUCCCUGAAUAUUGGUAGUACCCCUAGGUACCGAGGUAUGCUAGGUACAUUGAUGACUAUUGCCCGCCAGGAAGGACCAAAGAGCCUUUACAAUGGACUGUGUGCUGGUCUUCAACGACAGAUGGCGUUCGCAUCUGUGCGAAUUGGGUUAUACGACUCCAUCAGGUCAUUCUACCAGAACCUCAUAAAUGGGUCAAAUUCCCAAGCUGGAGUAGGGAUCCGUAUUCUGGCCGGAAUCACUUCAGGUGGCAUGGCUGUAAUCUGCGCUCAGCCCACGGAUGUAGUCAAAGUACGAAUGCAGGCACAGGUGUCCGGUCAGCCCAAGCGUUACACUGGGGCCUUGCAGGCUUACCGUGUGAUUGGUAGAGAAGAAGGCAUGAAAGGACUGUGGAAAGGCACACUUCCAAACGUGACACGUAAUGCCGUAGUGAAUGCCUCUGAGCUGGUGGCUUACGACUUGAUCAAAGAAUUUAUCAUUGAACGUCACUUGAUGACAGACAAUGUCCCUUGUCAUUUUGUGUCAGCUUUUGGGGCAGGCUUCUGUGCGACAGUGGUGGCUUCUCCUGUGGAUGUGGUAAAGACCAGGUACAUGAAUUCCUGGCAGGGCCAGUACACUGGAGCACUAGACUGUGCAAUGAAGAUGUUCAAGGAAGGCGGUUUUAUGUCUUUCUAUAAAGGAUUCCUUCCCUCGUUUAUUCGGCUUGGUUCUUGGAACAUCUGCAUGUUUGUCACAUUCGAACAGUUGAAACGUCUAUGUUGUCUGAUGGGCGACAAAGAUCUCUUCUCAAACAUAUCAAUUCCCGCUCCUGGAUACGCUCCUGUUCUUCAGUUCUUAGUGGAGCCUCCCUCCUCCACAGCAAAGGUAGAAGGAUUUUACAAGAAGAGAAUUAACCAGUGGGAUAUAUAAAAGAUGGAACAAGCAACACGUGUGUUUAUCUGAGUACGAAAAGUGUACAAGUUUAGAACAAAAUAAUUCGUGACGUGUGCGACAGACUAUUAUAUUCACAGGUAGUGUUAUGCACUAUUUAUCAAUAUUUGGGUUAAUUUCAACGAAACCACGUUUCGUAAGUAAAGCAUCUUGGUAUGCCUCGAGAUUAUUUAAAACGACUGAGACCCCUAGACUUGGUGGAACAAAAAAGAGUAAUUAAUGAAUGAUACAUGAUUGACUCAAAUGUUUUGUCUUUAACUUCACCUCUAGUGCCCAAAAGAAGAUUAUUAUUUGUAUAAUCUGUACGGCUGAUUUAGAGAGGCUCAAGGAAGCUAACUAUCGCUGUGUCAUGAACAAUGUAUAUAUAUAUUUGUGCUCUUUCAUGAUUUGAAUGGUAUUCUAGUUCACUCAAGAUUAAAAGUGUGAACACCAUCUCGCGAGUUUAUAUUUACACAGCUAUUUUGUUGUUGUUUUUCAUCUAUAUAAAACUAUCUUCAAAAUAACGGUUUGUGUGCAUCCUAAUGUCAAUGUUUAAUUUUAAUUAGUAAAUCCCUUUCUGACAAUAAAGAACGCUGGACAAAUUCAUCUAGAUAUCAGCUCUAUGGUUAAUGCAAUUUUAUUAUGUAGGCCUAACGUUAUUGAAUCAUCGCUCGAACUAAUUAGAAACUUGAUAGAUAAAUAGUUCUCAGUUAUAGAGGCUUAGAGCGUUGAAUUAAUGAAUCCCAGAGCAGUAAACUACAUUAAGUUAAAUGUAACUUAAUGUACUUGUAUUUCAAUAUCUAAACUUGCUUUACCUCAUAGAGAUACCAUUAUUAAACAUUCAAAACAAACGUGUUCUAUAUACUGACGUAUGUAAUGAUUCUGUUUAUCCUAUUCUGCUUCAACAGAUUGUUUGGACCUUUUACCACAGCAAUCGUUAAAAUUACUAUUGCGUAUGUUUAUGAAAGUAUAUGGCUGUAAUUGCAAUUUUGCGAAAUGCUGCUUUGUAGGGUGCAUUUUAUUGAAUGACUUGUUAAUUUUUAUAAUCACUUAGCUAAUGUUUUAGUCUUGCAAAGUAUAUGUAACACUUGCGGAAUUCGAUGUAUAAUAGAAUAUGAAGAAAUGGCGAAGAAAAUAAAAUUAUUUCAUUUACCUUUUGUC